AUGGGCCGUCUCAAAGGAACUCGCCUCGGCGCCUUUCGCGCAUACUUCUUCGGCUUCUUCGUCUGCACCGCCGGCUUCCUCUUUGGCUACGAUACCGGUAUCGUCGGCGGCAUUCUCGAAUUCGAGUCCUACCAGAAUGACUUCCGCUAUACCGAUCAGACCACUGUGAAUGCCGUCAUGGUCUCCCUCCAGAACGUUGGCGCAUUCUUCGCCGCUCUGACCAUUUUCCCUCUCUCUGACCGGUUGGGUCGCAAAAAGACCAUUCAAGGCGCCAUGGUGGUCUUCUGCGUCGGUGUGAUUCUCCAGGUGGUCCCCUCGCACUCCCUCGUUUGCUUCUACAUCGGUCGUGUCGUUUCCGGACUGGGUCUGGGCGCCGGGACUGCCGUCGUGCCCACCUACAACGCCGAGAUGGCCCCCAAAGAGAUCCGUGGUAUGCUGGGAUCGGGCGUCCAGUGGCUGUUCGCCCUGGGUGUCAUGAUCAGUUAUUGGAUCGACUAUGCUGUCGAGCAGACCCUGCCUGCCGUCUCCAAGCAAUGGCAGAUCCCUGUCGGUUUGCAGCUUGUCCCAGCUGCCGUUCUGGCCAUCGGCCUUUUUACCCAGCCGGAAAGUGUCCGCUGGUUAGCCAAGAAAGAGCGCUACGAUGAGGCGUGGGAGAGUCUGAAAUGGAUGCGUGCCGAUGACGGUCCCGAAGUCAAGGCUGAAUUUGCCGAAAUCCGCACCGGUAUCUCAGAGGAACUCCGCGCCAGCCAAGGCAUGAAGAAGCGCGAACUCCUUGAGCCCGCUAACCGCUACCGUCUCCUCCUGGGUUUCUUCCUCUUCUGCGGCCAACAAUGCACCGGCAUGACCGCGCUCGCCUACUUCGGUCCUCAAUUCUUCAAGCUGCUGGUCGGCAAUGACAGUAGUCGCUCCCUCCUCAUUACCGGUCUUUUUGGUGCAGAGAAGUUCAUCACGGUUGGCAUCUACAUCCUCUUCUUCUCAGAGAUGUGGGGCCGGAAGCCCACGCUCUGGAUUUCCGCCAUCCUCAUGUCCAUCUGCUUUAUCAUCGUCGUUGUCGUGAAUAAUACCACCCCCAAGCCGGAUAAGGAGGUUACCUCUGCCGGUAUUGCGACUGUCGCGAUGAUCUUCUUGACCAAUUCCAUCUACCAAUUCAGUUGGGGUCCGUUGCCAUGGCCAUAUACCACCGAGAUCUUCCCAACCCGGAUCCGUGAAGUCGGCUCCUCCGUCUCCGUCUGCUCGCAAUGGCUGUUCAACUUUCUCUUUUCUCUCGUCACCCCUUACAUGCAGGCAUCUUGGGGCAGUUACACCUUCCUUUUCUAUGCUGCACUCGAUAUCGUCAUGGCGGUGCUGGUCUGGUUCUUCGUCAAGGAGACCAAAGGCAGGAGUUUGGAGGAGAUGGAGACAAUCUUCAACAGCAAGGCUGCUUUUGAUGUCGAAGUCGCACGCCACGAGGGUGUGCCCGUUUCGACCAGUGUCGAAGGCCUGGAGGUCAAGCAUAAGAAGACCCAUGACUCUUCGGAAUAA